CUUUAAAGUUCAAUUAAAAUGUGGCGCCUUCAAAAAUGUUGCUGCUUCUUGGGGUUGCGCAAGGGAUGUAUCCUGAUCGCCAUCCUGGACUUCUUCACCAAUGUCCUGGUGUUAAAUUUUGCAGAAACUAAGUUCAUCGGCCAUAUUGAACAGGCUGUGGCCAUUUGUCACUGCAUUGGAUGCCUUUUUCUACUGGGUGGCGCUCUGAUAAAAUCGACUGUCCUUCUGAUGUUUUUCCUCAUAACCAGCCUCACGAACUACAUCAUUUUGAGCGUCUACUGUGUCACCAUCUUAAUUUGGCAUCAAAAAUACGCAAAAUUAACAGCUACCCUAAGUACCGUCUAUGUUUGCUUUGGAGUCUACUUUUGGAUUGUGGUCUAUUCGUUUCUUAUCCAAAUUAGAACCCCUCCCGUUGGCCAUGAGGUUUAAAUUCUUAGUGUACCAAGUUACUAUUGGUUCGAAAUAAUAAUAGCGUUUGAGUUGAUUGGAGAGUCCAACUAUUUAGUUAGCUCAAGGGCUAUUUUAUUCUGAACGUAAUAUCAAAAUUGGUUCUACAAUAAAUUUCUUAUAUAGCAAAUGGCUACAAUCCUUAUCUAUUGAU